CGGAGCAGCGCUGUGUGCGCGCACCGCGUGGCCGCGUUCUCUUCCGGCACGCACCCCACUCGGCCAUGGUGGGGAAAGUACGGCGUCCGCGGCUGCACGGCGCCGCGCCCCGACCCCCGCUGCGCCCCGACCCGGCGCCGCCCGGUCCUGGCGGCCGCACCGCGUCCGCGGCGAAGGACUGGGACUUCUCAUCAUCUGACAUCUUUUCUGGGCUGACUAUUGACCCUGAUUCUCUGGUGAAGAAACUUGACUUGGACACCAGAAGCAUUGUUUCAUCCAAGACAGGUUUGGAAGAAAAAACACUUCUAUCAAAAAAAGAAAAAAUGAAGCUGAGGAAAGAAAGAUGGCUACAGAAAAUAGAAAGUGUGAAGCUAGCCAAGCAGAAGCAAAAAGCUGAAGCAAAGCGAAAGGCAACACCUGUUGUGGGAGACAUGCAGCCACUGAUGGAAGCCCUGCCUGAGCUCUCUGAUCUGACCACAGGUAUCAAGGGCAGGAAGCCAUCCAAGAGGCAUGUAAAAGCAAAGGCAGAACCAGCAGACUUCUGUAUGAUGAAACAAGCUCAGAAACACAGGCUCUUAGAAGAGGAAAUGGCCCAGUUUCAUGAGGUCAUCGCAGAUCCCAGAUACAAAGCCCACCCCCUCUUGGUCAUCAGUGAGCAUCUCUCCAAGAGGCUAAGGCAGGAAGAAGGCAAGCCCCUCUAGGGCAUCGGCUGGGACCAAGUGUGCACGAUGAAGCUGGUGCACAGGCUCCAGACCACAAAUAAGCACAUCCUGAAUGUGACCUAUUAGCCACUUCAGUCCUUGGAAAAAGUCCAGCAUAUUAUUCAACCCAACAGUCCUGCUUUCUGUCUACAGGAAUAACGCAGUUCCCUCCUGAUGGUGGUGGCUGCUCCUUGGCGAACAGCCUGCAGUGAGCAGGAUGUUCUCUGAGAUAUUUGCACAAACCAACCUUCCUGUGAAAAGUCUUGACACUUUUUCUCUUUUGGUGACACAAUUCUUUAAUUUGUGCCAGAUGUUUUUGUUGCCCCCUCCAAUCCUUGCUGACUACUAUGAAAAGAAGUUCUGUUGUGAAUGUUGAAGAUCACAAGCCCUAGAGCCCAGGAUGCUGUUGUAGAUCUGUGUAAGGACUGAUUCUGCUGUUCAGAGCCAUUGUUUUGUGUGAAGAAUUUAGCUUUGGAAUAAACGCACUUUCGUACAGUA